AUGGGAUUGAUUGAUUUUGGCACACCUAGGGGUUCUUCCUCUCCUAAUUUCGACGAUGUCGAAAGGCAGACUCCCAAGCCUCUUUCUUUCACCAAAAGCCUUGAACUCUCCAGCAUCAAAUGCCACGCUUUUGGCCGAGAUUUACGCUUCCGACAUGCCCUUGGCGACUACUUGCUUUCGGAAAUUGACGCCACAUGGAGCGACCUUCCUCUGAUGGGCUGUGGAUACGUGAGCGGCUUGAUUGACGGGUUGUCGUACAAUGCGUGGGGAAAUUUCUCGAACAUGCACACGGGUAAUACAAUCUUCGUCGCUUUAGGAGUGUCCGGGAAGCCCGACAGCGAACCCAUGCUGUGGGCUAAGGCCCUCGUUGCCGUUACAGUGUUCCUAGUCGGCAACGUUUUUUUUGUCUACGGCUCGCGAUACCUGGGUCCUCUCCGGCGCUUCACCUUGAUAGUAUCUUUUGCCAUUCAGACAGCCCUCCUCCUCGGAGCCGCCCUUCUUGUUGAAGAAGGGAUUGUUAGUCCCAGUCUGGACCAUCAAAUUCCGAUUGACUGGCUUCAGGUUCUCGCAAUCUCGUUGAUUGCGUUUCAAGCCGCGGGUCAAAUUGUCGCUUCGCGAUUCCUGGCCUUCACCGAGAUCCCCACAGUUGUUCUAACAGUCCUGAUAUGCGACUUGUUUGUUGACACCAAGCUAUACCAGCGUCCCUGGAGCUCGAAUCCGAAACGAAACCGAAGACUAGGUGCCGUUCUUUCACACUUUCUGGGUGCCAUGACUGCAGGUGGAAUGGCGAAGGAGACCGGGCUCGCAAGUGGCUUGUGGCUUGCCGCGGCUCUGAAGGCUUUAAUGUAA